AUUUCUGUUCCUUUAGAUGAUGAUGGUUCUACAUUCUAUGAUGUCUAUUUGAAAGAGGUGGGCAAAAAAGACAGACAGACGAAGAAGCUUUUAGAUGCUUUUGGAACAAAAUGCGAACUUCAUGGAGUAUGUGUCAAAUUUUGAAUUUGCUUGAGUCAAAUUAUGUUAACGGGUCUCUUUGGUUGGUGCAACUUUCCGGCAAAAACAUAUAACUCAAGAAACAUCUUAUAUUCGUACCCAGGGUGUUUCAUUCAGAAACAAUCAAAUUAUGAACUGAAGCACACGUACCAACUCCUCGGUAUGGCCGGUACCUUACGCAUGCGCACAUCCAACCCGAGUAUCAAAGACCCUUUACUGCCGAGGCGAGUGCAAAGCACUCCUUUAAGUGAGCUUCAGUGCAUAAUUUGGUUAUUUUAUUCAGAUAUUGAGAGGGGCAAUCUGUAAGAGAAAAGAUCUGGGAACGAGGUUGCGCUGGAAAUCAAGAAAAGCAUUGUAACAAGAAAAAUCAAAACGUUUACAGCGCCUUUCAGUCCCAAUUGUGCGAAGUAUGUCUGACAGAUAAACUGUUGUCAAAAACAACAAGUAACAAAAAAAGAAUCUCCGCUCACAGGCUAGAAAAACGCUUCUGCUAUUUUGCUAAAUUAUGUUUAAUAAGGAUGGUGAUAAAGCUAAAAUGAAAAACGAUUGUAACUCUUUUGCAGGUGAAGUUCGAGACAUACAGUGAAGAAAACACUAAGCCUGGAGAAGUGAUCUGUAAAUUGGCCAAAGAUGUCAACGCAAACCUUAUUGUAAUGGGGUCACGUGGUAUGGGAACGUUACGUCGCACACUCCUAGGAAGUGUUAGUGAUUACUGCGUACACCAUACCCAUAUUCCGGUGGCAAUAGUCCCGCCUCCAAAUCGCCAUGGUGACCAUGCUCGUUCAAGCUAAUACUAUUUCGCUGUUUCGUGAAGGUGAUUGUACGAUACUAUUCUGUUGCUAACGUGGACAAUCUGGUACCAUUUUGCAAGUAAAUUGUAGUUUUACAAAGAACAAGGGGAACUGGCUUUUUCUUGGUGUUGUGGAAAUCAACGUUGAUUAGCUAUUGUGGAGUUCAGUCUCUUUUUAACGUUUUGCAUGAAUCCAUUUGCUGAUCAAACCGUUUGCAACAUUACAGAGUAGUAGUUGAGGAGACUGCUUACAAAACCUGGCAGAAAUCAAAGAGGAAAACGAUGGUGCUAAAGUUUAUGUUGAUAUCUUUCUGCUAAAUGCAGGCUUCGAUUUCUUAGGUUGUUUUGCAAAACCGACUUAAGUUUCAUAUACUCCUUUUUAAGUAAGGGAAGAGAGUGAAAAGAUUUGCCAGUAUACAAAAAGAAUAAUUGUAAAGAACGAAAAAUCAGAUCAAUCAGAGAUUCGAAUUUAAUAAAAUAAACUAUCAAUGCAAAUGAUUUUAGCAGUUAGGUACCUUACCCCUUCGCUGCAUUUAACAGAAGUUCUAGACAUCCUUAAAAUGAAUGUAGCUUUGUCUAGUAAAUUGUGACGCAGCUUCUAGUCGACGAGUAGGGAUCAGAAAAGAAAUGUUUCAGACUUUAUUUCACAAUUUUUCAGUCCUAAAAAGGGAGAGUAUUACGCAAUAUUUUCAAUGAUAAUGGAUAUAAUUGCAAGUUACGAUGAAUCCGAUCUGAGUGGCAAACGCAUGAAUUGCAGGGGUAUCGUUUGGCUUAGAGUAACGAAAAGAUACGAUUAUAGCCUGUGAACAGGCUCUCUGUUUGUGGAAAAAAAAAGCAAGGAAAGGGAAGGGAAAGGGGGAAGAGUUCGCUUGUCCCUCUCUGUUAAGUUUCUCAUUUAGUUUUCAUUAUUUUUAGUUUCAUUUCAUUUCCAGUGUCUCAUUUACGUCAUUGCUUUGUUUCUAAUACUCCCCCUGGAUAGCUCUUAUUUCAGUCGAUUGCACGUUUCUCGCAUAAUACAGUAGAAGAAUAAGUUUUUGUGUCAUUUAGUUUCGUUUCGUUAUUUGGACGUUUACUGUGUGGGUCAGAUAUGUAAGUAAUCAUUUUCGUUUCCUUUCGUAGAUAUUUUUGUUGAUUUAGUCUUCAGGUUAUUGAUUUAGUACUUUAUUUGUCCCCUCGUGGGCAUACAUGUGUACAUUUCGUAACAAUUUCGCAUAUUUCGUUAUUUACUACAGUAUGGAUAUUUCAGUUACCUUUCUACUAAUUUUAUCUUCAUCGAAAGUCAAUAUAUAAAGCAUUUUAUUUAGAUUAACAGAUGUUUGUUAAGUGUUUUCCAUGCAACAAUAAGAUUCUUCAUGUGCGGGGUUCCGCCCCCAAAAUGCACAAGCUUGUACUUUGUCAUUAAGCCUUUCGUACACAAUUAUGUUUUAUCGUCUUUUGUUUCGAUCGCUACUCGUUUAUAUUUUGAUUUCCCCUAUAAGUUAGUUCAUUUAGCUGUAUUUGUUUUUUAGUUUACGAGAAUCAUUGAUCGCUGGCAAGAAAUAAAUCAAGUUGAUUACAUCACACCAUUUCAUCGCCUGCAAGUUUUUGUUCUCCGUAUUUAAAUAUCCCCGAUCAGUUAGCGACACGUUUGAUUUGAUAGUAAAGAACAUGAUCGUCGCUUCGCUGUAACACUCUCCCUACGGUUCCCCGCUCGACCAAAGGCCUGUUCACAGGCUAUUACGAUUACGAUGAUGUCAUACAUCAUCGUAAGCAUCACAGUCAUCACACACUGUACACCCUCAUUGCCCUGUAAAAUUUCAUUAGCUUUCAUUGUUUCAGUUGCGUUUUCGCGUGGACGGGCAAAAACGAUUCGAACACGCUACGUUUGGACACGUAUUUUUUAUACGUGCGGGCGAGGCCUUGUUAGGGACCUUAAGACGGAAACGGAAGCAAAAAUGUCGCUUUGAAAAUGAUUUCCGGUUUUCUCAAAUUAUUCCAACUCACUUACUUUGUCAAAUGUAGACGUACCCUAAAAAAUACUUACAAAUUUUUUCUACCCAAAACCAGUUCCCAUGGAAAAUUUCAAAUCCACAAAAUAUCCCUCGUCAUCCGUGUAACCAAGAGCCAUUUAUAUGGCUCUUGCUGUAACUUUAAGGUCGAUACAUACUAGGCGACAAGUUGCUGCAACACGACACGUCGCAGCGACAAAUCGUUUCGUGUGUACUAGAGAAUUUUUUGAAAAGCAUUGUCUCUGCAACAGAAUUUUGUCGCAGCAACAUUUUGCAAAAAAUCAAAUCAGACAGAAUUUUGUGCCACUUGUCGCGGCGACAAAAUUCUGUUGCAAAGACAAAGAUUUUCACAAAAUUUACGCUCGAAGCGAUUUGUUGCUGCGACGUGUCGCCGCAACAUUUUGCGGCAACUUGCAAUUGUCGCCGGAUCUGUACAUGGACUCAAACACGGAGUGAUCUGUCGCAGUCGCUGCAACCUGUCUGUAGUACCCCCACUCCCGUCCCUGCUGGGGCUUCUUGUCCAGCUGGUCGCGUGACAUGUCACAUAGCUACUAAAGAAAAACUGUGCGUUCAUUGGCCAGUUGUUUGCUGAGGUGUCGCUCUUCACCCUGGCUUUUAUCGCGCCUUCGUUCAGUCGCUGUCGCAGAAAGCCAUCGCGCACGAAUCUUUACGAAGCACAGACCUUUUAAAACAAGCAAUGGCUGAGUGCGAACAAGCCGGUAGGACAGUCGUUUUGGGAGUGGAUGCUAGUGAACACAGCGAAAGAGCAUUUGAUUGUAAGUGAAAAGUGUUAAAAUAGCUGCAUCCAUUUUCCGUUUACAAGGUGACCACCCACCCUCGAUUCCUCGAUCCUAUAAACGUAAAAUCCAGUUUAAGGUGGCAAGAUUUAGCAAUACUCUAAACAGAAAAUGUCGAAAUUUAUUUUCCUUGUAAAUUCAAUCAUUGAAUGGCGAUUGUACAUGUCAAUGAGCUAAAAUUAUGGCUGCUCCUACUUCAGCGGCUUUGUGUGAAUUUUCGUGCAAUGGCGUUUGUGACAAACUUCAAUGAAAGUAAACCCAAUUCUUUUCCUUGCAGGUAUUGUUUUAUGUUUCCAUUUGGGUCCAGAACUUGGGAGAUAAAAAAACCGCUAAUGUAGACCAUUGCAUAAAAGUCGUGUCAACGAACACGCUUUCACGGGUCCAGGGAAAAACUUAAUUAAGGCUUGUGCAGCAGGGGGUUACGAAUAAAUAAAUUUUAAGCCCAAAUGUUGUUGAAGUGGUGUAUCUACCAUAGGAGGCUUUUAGUUUUAAUUCUGAAUCAUCGAUUAGAAUGGUAGUGUUUGUUGAUGUUUAACAUGCAAAUAAACUUAAUUAAAAAUAUUUAUGAGGAAAAUUCUUGUAGAUGUGGCUUAAUCAUGUGACAUAAUGAUGAAUAGGAUUGGCUUAUACAUGCUUACAUUGAAUUGCAAACGUGCAUAUUUUGUUUUUAGGGUAUGUCAAGAAUAUAUACAAAGAAACUGACAAAAUAUUGGUUAUCCAUGCUCAAGAAUACCCAACUAUUCCUGCUGCACCUUACCCCUGUAAGUAUUUCAUAAAGCGUAAAAGAACCUAAGAAAAAAAAGCUGAAAAUAGUGGCAUCUACAGCGGAUGACCAGGUGCUCACCCAACUGAGAAAACUGAAAAAAUGGACCCAAUAGUUUCCCCCAAUCCCACCAUAUCAAGCCAACCUCACUUGCUCAACCUCCUAACUCUUGAAGUCUUUGUCAGGUAGCCAGUGGCAAUCUGGAACAUGUUUUUUUUUUAACAAAUAACAUGACCCAUAUUUGUACACGGUUUGAACAUCCCUGCCCGAUUUAGGGAAACUUAAUGUUGCACGUAUUACAGUUAGGUAUGGCGUAUUUAAAACUAGAGGUUAUCCUUGAUUAUGGAUUCGUGUUUGUCACUUACAGAAACGAAAUUGAGUCGAGAGGGGUCCAGUUUCCCGGCAGAGAUGCCCAUUAUAAAAUCAAUAGGGGCGGCUAAUCGGCAGUCACAUCUGAGAGCUCGAAAAUUUCUGCCUUUAUGGGACAGGAACACCAGAUAAGGNGGUAGCCAGUGGCAAUCUGGAACAUGUUUUUUUUUUAACAAAUAACAUGACCCAUAUUUGUACACGGUUUGAACAUCCCUGCCCGAUUUAGCGAAACUUAAUGUUGCACGUAUUACAGUUAGGUAUGGCGUAUUUAAAACUAGAGGUUAUCCUUGAUUAUGGAUUCGUGUUUGUCACUUACAGAAACAAAAUUGAGUCGAGAGGGGUCCAGUUUCCCGGCAGAGAUGCCCAUUAUAAAAUCAAUAGGGGCGGCUAAUCGGCAGUCACAUCUGAGAGCUCGAAAAUUUCUGCCUUUAUGGGACAGGAACACCAGAUAAGGAUGCAUUCUGACAAAUGCAAAUAUAUUUAUUUAUUCCUUCAAAAUAUUUUUCAAUUUCAUAAUCAGCUAGCAGUUACUAAAUUUUGUAAGACAGUUGUGAUAACUGGUAAAAUGUUUUCAAUAGAACACGCUUUCAUAAGAAAAAGGGAUGGCAUCAAAGAAGACAUGGGGAGAAGGUUGCAUUAGCCCAGUUGGUUUUGUAUAGGGAUAGAGAAAAUGGCAGAAAAUUCCAUGUUUUGUGUAGAAGAAGUAACCAAACCAGAAAACCAUUUAACUGUCAUUUGUUGAGCCUUUAAGCCCUAAUAUCAAAAUGCAAGGUCUCAUUUGUUGUCUUGAUAAUGCUGUUUUUGGUGUUUCUGUCCAACUUCCCCUACCCUGGAAGUAUAACCAAUAUUUGAACAUAUUUUACAUGCUUUCAGAUGGCUAUGCAUAUUAUGAAGAAUGGCAGAAUUUGGUGGAAAAAAGUGAUAAACAAGUCAAGGAACUGUUGGAGUGUUUUGGAACAAAGUGCAAACGCUUAAAGGAACCGGAAAAGGUAUUUGAAAGUGGUUUCUUAUGAACGGUUAGCACAUGUACAUUGACAGUGAGAUUUAAUUGACUUUUUUUCUCUUUUUUUUUAGCAAGAGUUCAAAUUGUACAAGGAAGAAAGCAACAGGCCUGGGGAAGUGAUUUGUAAACUGGCAGAAGACGAAAAGGCGAACCUGAUUGUAAUGGGUUCUCGUGGUAUGGGAACCUUGCGCCGUACUUUUCUUGGCAGCGUUAGCGAUUACUGUGUGCAUCAUGCUCAUAUCCCGGUUGUGGUUGUUCCACCUCCAAAUCGUCAUGAAGACCAUACCAAAUCAAGUUAA